AUGAUUAUCGAAACCAUACCUCUCGACAUUGCUCGAAGGCGACAAGUCUUGUUCGAACUUAACGAAGCCGUUACUCUGUCUCCAGAAGAGUACGAAGAAAUAAAGCCGUGGGUCUCAAAUUGGUACAGCAACGCAAAAGCCGGAGCAUAUUCACCUCGCUUCAACACACAACGAACAUACUACCGAUGUCUUUUCCACAAGGAGAAAGCAGCACCCACCGCCAGCAAAGGCAUACGAGCACGACCAACCCGACAACCACUAGACAAACCAUGCCCCCUCACCAUGAGCGUAGUCGCCAACUAUGCAAGCGAUACACAGACAAUCCUCAACUACACCGUUGAUCGAAACAGCCCCUAUGACAGAUGUCCAGAUCAUACGCACGACUUGGAUCUGGUUGAUCAGACUCACAGAUGCGAUGGCUUGAGGGAGAUUGCUCAUCAUAAGAUGUGGCAGAUGGCUCCUGAUGCCAAGGCUGCUGUGGUCUUUCAGAGUAUGAAGGAACUGCCGCAAUUCGAGGAUGCGGGUGGCAAGCAUUUUACCUGCGGAGAAGUGUAUUACAUAGGCAAGAAGUUCAGAAAGCCUACGGAUGCGGUGGCAGCCAAAGAAGCAGCGUCUGAAGCGCCUGCAAACCCUACUUCGGAAGCAGAAGGUCAACCUAGCCAAUUCAAUGACGGUAAUCCGCCUUCGUGGUUAGGAUCCAAAACCAGGAAACGGAAACAUGCCUUGGAAGCACGGCCACCUAAGAGUGGUGCAAGGCCUUGGCCAGCAUUGGCAGAACAUCCUCACCAAGAGUCUCAGAGGAACAGUCUUCAUAUCACGGUCGACAGAGAGGACUUGCUGGCACACUACAGACGUCCAAAUCAAUCAGCACCGUCACGACAGCUUGUGGAUCCAACACUAGAGGGACAGGAACGACAACGAUAUCCUAGGGACACACCACCCGGCGACAUCGCUUCUCAAGUCAGAGCCAUCCUCACUCGACCAACUGCCGGCGCCGAACACGCCACCUCGACAGACAACACACACUCGCCAGCUCCGAUCGACUUGACAUUCUCACCAGGUGGCUGUUCACCGCCACCUCAGGCAUCAGACAGACCAACACAAUGGCGACCGUCACACAAUGACUCUCACCAACAAUCACAACACUCAAACAUGAUACUACCUAAUUGGAUGACCGCCAAUGGACCAGCGCUUCUCCAUACCCGACCCGUUCAACCCGGCCGAUCAGCCAUCAUGGUGGAAGCACCCGUCAGCAUUGGAGACUUACUACGGAAAGCUGCACCAAGCAAUACACCACGACAAUCAGAUGUCUCUACAGAAGACCGACAGGCGAAGAGAGUCAGAACGAAUCUGCAACAUCAGCCGAGCACUAAGAUCGAGCGCGCAACUUUGAGAGAGUUGCUAAGUAUGCAGCCGCCAACUGCGAUUGAAAGUGAGGAAGGGGGACGCUUCCCACCUAAUCCUUUUACUUGA